AUGCCUUCGUCACGGCCAAACGCGCAGUCGCCCAUCAUCGAGGCCGACGCUACUCUCGACAAUAACAUUGACACCAUCCGUAUUCCAGAACCCUACGGUACAUAUCUACAAACACGCGGCGCCCGCGCAGCUCGUCGGAUCUACAAGGCCAUGGGCGUUUGGCCCUGGGACAUCGUCCCUGAAGCACCUCCAAAGAUGUGGGCUAUCAAUCUACUCGAGGAUCUGGCCCUCGUUGCGGAUCAUGUUGCCAGGAAUCCGGGCGACACGCUGCAGGAUCUCCAGUCGGAGCUUCGCAAGUCCCUUGCGCGCGAUCGCAAACCUUCGUACGCUGGCAAAUUGAUGGCGCAGGAUGUUCACGCUGCCAAGAAGCGCUUCGUGAGAACCCUGCCUCAGUCACCAGAUGCUCAGGACGAUACUGGCGAUGAUGGAGGUACCAUCGAGAGGCGCUCUGGGCGAAGAAGAAGAACAGCAAAUUACAGUGCCCCGGAUUCACCAAUUGAUCCAUCGCGAUCGCGUCGACACACGUCUUCAGAGGAGAGCGAGGAGCACAUGGCGUCGUCUAUCACCGUCGCCUCAGAGUUUCCCCCAUCUCCUCCCGUUCCUCGCAACGUUCGCCAGUUGAAACGGCCAGCUACCACAAUACCCACUCCGAUAGAGAAACGCAUUCGACACAGCUCACCAGAAGGGUCGCGUCUCUCCGCGGCGCAGAGUUUGAUGAUGUUUAGUUCCCCGAUGGCUACAUUCCAAAUGGCUUCGUCUUUCGGCCCCAGCGCAACUGUCAGUUUAGAGCAAUUGACUUGUACAAAACUUUAUACUGAUAUUCUGCAGGCCAACGCAACCCGCUCUCUCGAGCCUAAUAAUCUUCAAGAAGCUUUACAACCGGCGACCAACGUCUUUAUCGCAGCUAUCGAUGCCCACGUCCGAACGAUACGUUCUUCACUCGCCAUCGCGCAACAAGAGAUAUUUCCUCACAGAACAACACAUCAAGAAGCGAUGAGCAAACUGCGCGCCGCCCAAGAACUCGUGCAGGCCAUACACGACGACAUUGCCGAAUCACAAACGAAACUGCGACUGCUCAUAGAGGAGACAGCCGCCGAAGACGCCCUGGCGCCGCAGCUACACGCCCUCCAGGAGAAUAAUAUGACCCUACCACCCGAGAUAGCCCAGGCAAUACGCAGCUACGAAACGCGCCGAGCUGCCAAGGGCGAGGAGAUCAAAAACCAAGAGACGGCCAUCAGCUUGAAACGCGACGAACUGAAGCGAGCCACAGCCGACCUCGACCUGGCGGAGAAGAACUCGGGCGGCCUCGAGUCUGACAUACAAGACUUGCAAGCCGCCGUGACACGUGGGACAGAAGCAGCCCGGUUCGCCAACAUGUUUAGUGUAAUGGUGCGGCUGGGCCCAGAAGGACUGGCAAAUAUUGAGCAGAUAUACCCCGAGAUUGGCUCGCUGCUGGAACAGCUCCUCGUGUCCAAGAAUAACCCGUCGUCACAGCAAGAUAAUCACCAUGGACAUCAUCAUAAUAAUAGCGUGGCGACGGAUGGCGACGAGACUAAUGGUAUGUGA